UGGGGGGGCGAUGCAUUGGGGUGCAGGGGCCAGGUCUCAGCGCCCACCCACUGCAGGGGCCCAGGCAGCACCAGGCUCCACCACUCCCAGCAUGUACCGCUUUGGGGGGGCACAGCUCCCAGCAUGCAACACUUUGGGGGGGCACAGCUCCCAGCAUGCACUGCCCUGGGGGGUUGAGUGCCCAGUGCCCCCAGCCCGCUUCUCCAGCAACCCCCGUCUCCAGCCCCCGUCUCGAGCAGCCCCUGCCCAUGGGGGCAGGAUGGGGUCUAGGACAGGGGCCCCACGAGCCCUUAGAGCCCAGACACCCCCGGGGGGGCUGUGCCCGGGUCUCCCUGCGGGGCCCCUGUCCACCCUGCACAGGGGCCUCGGGAUUGGGGCCCAGGCUUGCAGGCCCUGACUAGAGGCAAUUCCCCGCUGGCAGUACGGGGCUCAUGACACACGACAGGGCAGGGUUGACUCUCCUCUGCAGCAGAGUGGGGGGCAGUAUGGGGGUCCUGGCCCCCAGCUGAGUCCCUGGCACCCCUUCCCCUGACGCCUGAUGCCUGGGUUUUCUCCCCAGCUGGGGGGGCUGGAGGGGGCUGCAUGGGGACGUCUGGUUCUCUCCCCACCCAAGGGGGCUGGACCUGGGGGGGACCUAGGUUCCCUGCCAGCCCUGCCAGCCCCCACCUCCAGCCUCGCCGGGGCGGGUCAGGGGCUGGACCGGCUUCGGCCCCCGCCCCCAGGCCCAGACCCCUCCCCAGCCCGCCCCGUCCGGGCUGUGCAGCUGAGCCCUGGCCCAGCUCCUGCCACCCGCUGCCCCCAGCCCCUGCUGAGCCCCCACCGACGGCCCCGAUCCGGCUGUCCCCGCUGCCCUCGACGGCUCUGAUCCUGCCCCAUUUGGGCCCUGAUCCUGCCCCCCCCCAGUGCCAUGUGGGGCACCCCAUCUCUGGCUCUGGCCCUGGCUGGUCUCUGCCUCCAGACCCUGGCGCAGCCCCUGCCUGAUGCCACCGCGGAGCCCCCGGGCCCCUACGACGGGGACAGCGCUAUCGAUCUGCUGGAGGCACUGACUGCGUCGCGUGCCAUCCCUGGUGUCUCGCCGGCCCCAGGCCCCACGCCAGGCACCCCAGCCUGGCGCUUCGGGCGCCGCACGCCGCACUUGACACUGCCACGGGCCUACGCCGUGUUCGUGCUGGCCAGCGCCCCCCGUGCCCUGGGCUUCCACGCCGUGGCCCGCCAGAGCCCACGCUCCCAAGGCACACUGCUGGCACUGCUCUCGCCCACGGCCCGCAGCCCACUGCUGCACCUGGCCUCCAGUGCCCGGGGCGAUGAGCUGCGUUUGGACUACCGUGCCGCACCCAGUGGCCACCCUGCCUCGCUGGUCUUCCCUGGUGGCAGCCCCUUCGCCGGUGGCCGCUGGGUCCGGCUGGCACUCAGCCUGGCGCCGCACCGCCUGGCGCUCUACGCGGACUGUCGGCCCGCCGUGGUGCUGGGCCAGGCUGGGCACCGGCCCCGGCUCAGCCUCCACCUGCCCCUCGACCUGCAGAUAGCCUUCGCCAGCCUACCCGGGGACGCCGACUCUAAGUUCCUGGGCACCUGGCAGACGGCCGAGAUCUCCACCACCGGCUUCUCGCGCCGGCCCUGGCACUGCGACCACCUGGAAGACCCCGUCCUGCUGCCGUGGGAGCCGGAGCCGGAGGCAGAGCCAGAGCCAGGAGCACCGGGCCCCAUGCCCCUGUCUGAGCCACCCCCGCCGGGCCCGGGUGACGUGCGCAGCGACCAGCAGGCGCCCGAGGAGCUGGCAGGGCGGGUACGGCGCCUCGAGGGGCUGCUGCAGGAGCUGGGCUCCAGGCUCAACGCGCUCCAGCUGCAGAACUCGGAGCUGCUGGCCCGCGUGCGGGAGCUGGAGGCCUGCGCCUGCCUCGGCUGCCACUGCGAGGGGCAGCACCAUAGGCAUGGCGACACCGGGGCCAAGGACGCCUGCGCCGCCUGCCCCUGCCCGCGCCCCCCCUCCCCGCAACCCCCGCAGGCUGGGACCCUGCUUUGUGCCCCCGGGGCCUGUGCCCGGCUGGACUGCACUGCCCAGGAGGGGACGCCCGGAGCCUGCUGCCCCCAAAGCCAGGCCCCGGUGACGGUGCCCCCCAACUCAGGCUGCCAGGACGGUGCCACCCGGCGGGAGCACGGGGAGGAGUGGGCGCCGCUCGCCGACCCCUGCCAGAUUUGCCGCUGCACGGAGGGUCGUGUGCUGUGUGUGCAGAGGCAGUGUGCCCGCCUGUGCCCGCACCCCGCCAGCCCUCGCCCCGGCACCUGCUGCCCCGUCUGCGAUGGAUGCUCCUUCGAGGGCCGCGACUAUGCCAGCGGGGAGCCGGUGCCCAGCGCUGAGCCCUGCACCCAGUGUGUCUGCACCGCUGGGGAGGUGUCGUGCCAGCGCCUGGAGCCCAGCUGCCCGCCCGCGCCCUGCAGCCACCCUGCCCACACCCCUGCCCAGUGCUGCCCAACAUGCCACGGCUGUGAGUUCGAGGGCAGCGUGUACCAGGACGGGGAGAGGUUCAUCCCCCGGGGUGCCGGGCGCUGCCUGCACUGCACCUGCUCCGCUGGCUCGGUGCAGUGCUUACCCUCCCUGUGCCCCCCUGUGCCUUGCCUGCACCCCCAGACCCUGCCUGGCCACUGCUGCCCCAUGUGCCCAGGGCAUGGGGAACUCCCGGCUGGAGGAGUCCUGGCAGGUAUCCCUCCACCCCGCCUAGCACUAUUUCCUCCCAUGGGCAGGGGGGCCCAAGCAGGGAGCCCCCCCACCUGUAUCCCUGCACCCCCAGGGGGACUAUUUCCUGGGGGGCACAGCCGUGCGGUGCCCAUGCCCUCCCCGUGCCCCCCAGGCUGCUCCUACCACGGCGUGACGGCCACCCACGGACAGAGCUUUGCCGACCCGGAGGACGCCCAGUGCUCCCAAUGCACCUGCCAGGCCGGGUCAGUGCAGUGCCAGAGGAAGCCAUGCCCGCCAGCCUCCUGCCCCCACCCUGCCCCAGGGGCCUGCAAUUGCCCCCUGUGCCAAGGCUGCCACUUCCAGGGCCAGGACCUUGCAGAUGGGGAGACCUUCGCAGCCCCCCAGGACCCGUGUGAGCAGUGCCAGUGUCAGGAGGGGGCCGUGCUGUGCGCCCGGGUCUCGUGCCCCCCGCUGACCUGCACCCACCCAGUGACGGAGCCGGGUGUCUGCUGCCCCCACUGCCAAGAGCCCCCGAGGAACUGCACGGCCAGCCUGGUGGGCAGCGAGCUGCAGCCUCCCAAAGACCCCUGCUACAGCUGUCGCUGCCAGGACCUGAAGUGGGUGUGUGUGCACGAGGAGUGCCGCCCGCCCAGCUGCCCCCCCGCCGAGCGCUUCACACCCCAGGGCGCCUGCUGCCCCAUCUGCCACGGGUGCAUACUAGAGGCUGAUGGGCGCCACGUGCCGGACGGAGAGACCUGGACGGACGAUGCCGACGCCUGCGUCACCUGCACCUGCAGUCUAGGCCACGUGCAGUGCCACGUGGAGGAGUGCACAGACCUCGCCUGCCCGGACGGCCUGGAACGGGUGCAGGUGCCUGGCACCUGCUGCGGCCAGUGCCAAGCUGUGUCACCAGUGCCAGGCAGCACCUGCUCCUACCAGGGCCGCCGGUUCGAGUCCCAUGAGCGCUGGCAGGUGGACGCGUGUACGGCCUGCUCCUGCGUGGCCGGGGAGGUGCAUUGCCGCAGCCAGCGCUGCCCCCCGCCCGCUUGCGGCCCCGAUGAGGCGCCGGCACUGACGCCGGGACGGUGCUGCCCCCACUGCCACCCACGCCCGGCCACGUGCCAGGCCUUCGGGGACCCGCACUACCGCACCUUCGACGGGCGCCUGCUGCACUUCCAGGGCACCUGCACCUACGUGUUGGUCCGCGACUGCCACGCCGAGGACUUCAGCGUCCAUGUGAGCAACGAUGCCCGGGGCCACACGGGCGUAUCGUGGACCCAGGAGGUGGCGGUGCAGGUCGGGGGCACCUGGGUGCAGCUGCUGCAGGGCGGGGAGGUCACGGUGGAUGGCGAGGCGGUGACGCUGCCCUUCCUGAAGGAGCCGGCGGUGUACGUGGAGCGCCGGAGCGGCACCGUCCUACUCAACACCCACGUCGGCCUCCAGGUGCCCGCUGACCCCCGUGCCCCCCAGGUGCAGUGGGACGGGCGCUCGCACGUGGAGCUGAGCGUGCCGGGCACCUACCGCGGCCGGACCUGCGGCUUGUGCGGCAACUUCAACGGCUUUGCCCAGGACGACCUGCGCGGCCCCGGUGGUGACCUGCUGCCCUCCCACGCCGCCUUGGGCAACAGCUGGCAGGCUGGUGCCGCCCGAGGGCUUCUUCGCUGCCUGCGUGUACGAUGCCUGCGCCUGCCGCGCCGACGCUGGCGCCUGCCUCUGCGACGCCCUCGAAGCCUAUGCCGCCGCGUGCCGCCGCGCCGGACUGGUGCUGCACUGGCGCUCGCCAACCCUCUGCGCCGUGGGGUGCCCCCGAGACCGGGGCUACGUGUUCACCGAGUGCGGCCCCCCGUGCCCGCGCACCUGCUUCAGCGCUGGAGCGGCGCGGGGCGCCCGCUGCAUCGCACCCUGCGUGCCCGGCUGCCAGUGCCCGGCCGGGCGCCUGGAGCACGAGGGCCGCUGCGUGCCCCCCCGCGCCUGCCCCCGUGUGCGGCACCGCAGCGCCUGAGCCCGCACGCCUGGGUCUCCCACCCCCGGGCGCAGUGCUCACACGUGUACGGCGGGCGCCGCCUGCGCAAUAAACCAGGGGUGACGUGGGCACCGGCUGUGCGGCUCCUUUUUCUGGGGGGUCUGGGGCAGCUGCUCCCCACCCUGCCCGCCCACAGGGCAUUACCCUUUGGCUCUUCAGGUGGGGAAACUGAGGCACAGGUUGGGGGGCAGCCCAGGGUUGGGACCCAGGUGUCCUAGCCCCCCCACCCAGCUCUAAGCACUAGGUGCUUCCUUGAGGGGGUCGGGGGGGAGAGGGGGGCAUCUUGGGAGGG